GAUACCGACACUGCUCAAUUUUAAGUGAAAGCCAAUUGCAUGUGGGCUUUGCAAGUCAGUUAGAAAAUUACGAUCUAUGGGAAUGGGCUACAUUCGUUCUUUUGCAUAUAAAAGACCGUAAUCAAAGAGAGUUAUCAGUGCAAAAUAUGCUCUAUCGUUAUGUUAGUGUUUCAAAAGAUGUUUCAUUGUCGGAGAAGGAAAAGUUUGUAAUAAAUAAUUUGGGAGUACCGGAGAAAUGGAUUGAUUAUGCGAAGGCAGUGAAGGCGGGCGCCAUUGGCAAUCAUCAUUUGCAAGCGAAAUACCUGUUAAAGGCAAAGCAGUGGGCAUUGGCACAUGAAGUUAUAUUCCAGCACAUUGCACCCGAUGCAAUCAUUAAUGAUAAUCUCGACUAUUUGCACAAAUUGCUGAGUCAGUUCGAGGGUGCCGAGGCCAACAAAACCAUAAAAGUACCGAAUUGGUCUAAUCAAGGACAAAUAUUCUUAGACUUUAUCGAUAUCAACGAAAAAUUCAAGAGCUUAAAGACACUCAAGACCGAGGCGGAUAUAGAAGCACGCUGGGAGAAUUUGAAGCCACAAUUGGCUGACUUAUGUUCCCGCAUUAAUUUGUUGCCCUGCCCCACGGCUAAACAUCGCCUGUGUCAAAGUGAAAUCGCGCAAAAUUUGGCUUGCCUAGUGCGCGGUGUUUUGCUCGUCUGUCCAGUGUUGAAUCCGUGUUUGAUCAUAAAAAUUGCACUGGAACGUCUGCCAUUGCCACAAGAAUUCGCGCAACAAGAGCUGCGGGCGCUGCUCGACACGCUGGUCGAUGACUUGGCCAAAGUGAAUACGAGCGAAAAUAAUGAAAUAAUCAUGGCAAAAUGACAUUGAAUAUGCGUUGUAUUAAA